AUGCUGGUAAAUGGAAGGGGGAAGACACGCUUUCACUGUUUUCACACUUUCAUUGCCGAUCAGCUGCCACAAAUCAGAGUGGCAGCGACCGCUUUCAGUGUCAGGCUCUCAGGAUCAAUGCAUAAGCGGUUUCGGCCUUCGGCGAUCCAUAAGCGGAUUAAGGCCGACCUGCUGAUAGUUGAUGGUUUUGGGAUGGCCUGCCCCAACAGCAAGGACGUCACCGUCUACCAGGACGCCUGCAUCGUUGGCUUCUCAGACCAGCGGUUCCUAGACUUCCCCGGCGUGAACUCGCCCUAUGCCGUGUCGUCGUGGGACUCGGACAACCUCACGGUUCCCGCGGCCUGGUUUGACGCCGCCGUCGCGGCGCUUAUGAACGCCACGGUCGACCGCGCUGUGAGUGUGACCGCGGCAAGCAAUAACUCCUCCGCCAGGCAGUAUUUCGCGACGGGCGUGGAGGACUUCGACGCGGAGCAGUACCCGAAAAUCUACGGGCUGGCGCAGUGCGUGCCCGACAUGACGGCGGUGCAGUGCCGAGGCUGCCUCGGGAGUCUCGUCGCGUCGAUGCCGGGGUUCCUGGACGGGAAGCCCGCGGGGAGAUCUCUUGGUGUGUGGUGUAACUUGAGGUACAGCGUGAGUCCUUUCUACACGGGCCCUGCGAUGCUGCACCUCCCUGCUCCGGCUCCGGCGCCGGCGCCAGCACCCACGGCUGUGCCCUCAGUUGUUACUCCAAAGACCGGAGCAGGGAGGAGGAGAGCAGCAGGAAUCGCCGCCGGGGUCGCUUGUUUCGUCGUGUUGGUAGUGAUAUUUUCAGCUGUCGCUCUGGUUCGCUUCAGGAGAAAGAUUGCCAAAAAGAAUGGUCGCAGUCGCUCGUUGGAGAAAAUUGGCAGAGCGAAGUGCACCGUCUUUGACUUUUUUACACUGCAAGAAGCAACUGAAAACUUCUCAGAGGACCUUAAGAUCGGCGAAGGUGGUUUCGGUAUUGUAUACAAGGGGAAGCUCCCAGACGGGCAAGAAGUAGCAGUAAAGAAACUUUUAGACAGUGCUACUGGACAUGGACUGCUGCAGCUACAUAAUGAAUUGCAGGUAUUGGCAACGCUUCAGCAUAGGAACCUUGUCAGGUUACACGGGUUUUGCGUGCAUCAGAAUGAGAAGAUGCUUGUUUAUGAAUACAUCAAGAACGGAAGCCUCGACAACUUUCUGUUUGACACUGAAACGGGAAAUAAGCUAACUUGGGAUCAGUGGGACAACAUCAUUGUUGGCAUUGCCAAGGGAAUAAUGUACCUUCAUGAGGAUUCAAGAAUUAGGAUCAUUCAUCGAGACCUGAAAGCCAACAACAUCCUGCUUGAUGAGAAUGCGGAUCCAAAGAUUUCAGACUUCGGACUAGCAAGACUGCAGGGAGACCAUACGCAGACCAAAACAGCUACGGUUGCUGGAACAUAUGGGUAUAUGGCACCCGAGUACGCCAUGCGUGGCCACUAUUCUAUAAAGUCCGAUGUUUUCAGCUUUGGCAUCUUGAUUCUAGAAAUCUUAACCGGAAGAAGAAGCAGUGGUUCCUUUAACAUCGAGGAGUCUGUUGAUCUCUUAAGUCUUGUUUGGGAGCACUGGACCAUGGGAACAAUUGUGGAGGUUAUGGAUCCAUCUCUGAGAGGCAAAGCUCCUGCGCAACAGAUGCUGAAAUAUGUCCAUAUCGGCCUACUGUGUGUUCAGGAUAACCCGGUCGAUCGACCGAUGAUGUCAACAGUAAACGUCAUGCUCAGCGGCAGCACUUUCUCCCUCCAGGCUCCACUAAAGCCAGUAUUUUUCAUUCCCAAGAGUGGUUACUACUCAACUGUUUAUUCAGAAUCAUAUCCUACAACUUCCCAAUCCACCGCUAACGUUACGUCUGGGGUGAUAUCACCAAAUGAAGUGUCAAUUACAGAAUUGGAACCAAGAUGA